ACCGCGCCAUUUCUACCUCGCCACCAAAUCUGCCGGCUGGUCCCGCAGUCCUUGUUGCCAUUCAGAAUGCCUCCCUUUAGUUCUCGUCCCCUACGGUCGAGCUCGUCCCGCAAUCCCCUCUCCAAUUUCCUCCCCUCGAUCCGGCGGAAGCCCUUCCUCCUCUUCGGCCUGCCCUUCACCUUCACCAUCCUCUCUGCCGCCUAUGGUCUCUCUUACCUCACCCAGACGCGCUACGAGUACAAUGCCACCAAGGUGCAGAGUGUCAGUAAAGAGGAGGAGCUGGGUAUGAAAAAGGGGAGGAGACGGAUUGAUUUGAGGGAAGAGUAUUGGAAAUUGAGCAGGGCAAGGGAGGAUAUGAUGCUGGAUGCCGAUGAGCCGCUUGCUGCCGCCAGUGGGUCUGGGUCUGGAUCAGGUGGAAGUAGCGCUCGGAGAGGUACGGGCAGAAGCGGAGGUGGCGUGGACGAGUGGGACGAGUGGGAGCCUAAGCGGGUCCCGAGACCGCAGGGCGUCGAGGAGUGGGGCGACGCCGGCGGAUCUGCCCUAGGCGCCUCGUACGUGGAGCAGUCGGACAGCACAAGAGACUACCAACGGCGCAACAAGGACAAGAACGUGAGCAACUCUGCCUCUUCCUCUUUUCCUGGACUAGCCUCUUUACGUGCCGAGGGUCAGGAAGUGACGUACGACCUAAGCAAGGCUUCUGCACCUGAUGCCCGUGGCAAUCGGACCAUUGUGACGGAGAGCGGCAAGAAGAUUGUCAUCGGCCCAGAUGGCAAGCCCUGCAAGGCCUGCAAUACAAGAUUAGCUCUCAGAGAGGCAAUGAGAGGCGCUGGCAGUGGAGCGGGCAAAUCGUCGUCUUCUGCUGCCUCUUCCUCAGCCUCCCCAGCUGGCUUCUUUGGCGGUGCAAUGGCAGCAGCGACUUCCCCUUCUUCGACAAGUUCGGCCUCCACCCUCUCUUGUCCUCCAGACGUAGAGGAGCUGGGUCGCUCUUCCUGGGAUCUGCUCCAUUCCAUUGCUGCAACCUACCCCGAGAAGCCCAGCGAGGCAGAGCAGUCCGCUCUCCUCAGCCUCCUCAAGGCGUUGCCCAUCCUCUACCCGUGUCGGCACUGUGCCCAAGCUCUGCAGGAGGACUACACCAGGAGGGAUUCGGUGACUACAGCGUCACCUCCGUCUGCUGAUGAUAUGAAGGUAUCCGAGGCAGUAAUCUCCAAGAGUCAGGCCAUGCGCUUCACCUGCUCCAUCCACAACGAGGUCAACGAACGGCUGGGAAAGCCAAAGUGGGACUGUGAAGAUCUGCGGAAGCUGAAGGAGCGGUGGGAAGAUGGAGGUCAAAAGUGUCUCUGAGCGAGAUGGACCGGCCGGACAUAGUGGCAGGAGACGCGGACAUUGUACAACUUGAUACCUCAGCACCUCUCUGCAAUCUUUUGCAAUCAUAUGCGAUUCGCA